CGCAGCCAAAUAACGGCCUAAAGUGUUUCACUUGUGACCCCUCCACCUUUCAAUGCACCUCUCAAUUACAAUGUCAGGGAGUGGAGGACCACUGCUUUCAAGUGAAUGGUGCAGUAUCAUCAUCAUGAAACACUGAUCCACAGUACUUACCUGAUCAUCAUGAUGAAGCUGAUCCUUUCUCUGACUCUCAUCUGGGCGCUCUCCAGCACAGCUGGAGCACUUCAGUGUCUACGCUGCGCAAAUCCAGACUGUUCAAACACAGUAACAUCAACAUGUUCUUCAGAGACCAUGUGUACAACAGCUUUGAUUCAAACCCCUUCAUUUGGAGUUACAGUCCCGCAAAUCAUCAAGGCGUGUGCACCAUCCUCCGUGUGUCCAGCUACAGGCUCUCAGGCAUUUUCAUUUAACGCGGGUCUUGUGCAGAUAGUUGCAUCUCUUCGGUGCUGCAACACAGAUAAAUGCAACACAGACAAUCUAACUGAGCCUGUUCUUCAGCCAAACAGCCUAAAGUGUUUCACUUGUGACCCCCUCAUUUCUCACUGCAACUCAUCUCAAUUACAAUGUAAGGGAGUGGAGGACCGCUGCUUUAAAUUGAAUGUGACGACUGGAGGCAAUACUUCUCCAUUCUCUGGCUGUGCAUCUGCAAACCUGUGUGCACUUGGUGACAGCCUGAGUAGCCUACCUCUCUUGCAAAGUUUUGGUAACAUCAGUAAACCAUCCUGUUGUGGGACCAGUUUGUGUAAUGCUGUUACAACAACUGCCAGUGACGCCGGCUGUAUGAGUCUGCUGCUGGGAGUCCUCAUCUUUACCCUCCGUUUUUUUGAAGCCUGAUUUUGGGUUUACUGCUCUCUUACAUCUGAAGUUGGCAGUUAGUGGGGCUAGAAAAUCCAAAUUAAGAAUUCAGGGAUGGAGUCUGGAUGAAGCUGAGGUGGGACUCAAAGGC